AUGGAGAAGAAUUUAUAUUGGGGAGGGGGAACAAAACAAGGUACUGUUUUGGAGACGCUGGUUUUUGUGGAAGGCGGUGGCGGUGCGUGGUGUCUGGCACCUUCAAUGCGACAACUGCACCUGCAUGUUAUCAGCCAGGAUUUUGAUUCAGUACAUCUGAAGAAUAAAAGACACUGGAACUCAUUUAAUUCACCAUUCUUCCGGGAUUCAAUAGACGUAAUAGAGGAAGUCGUUAAACAUGGGAAAGCCACAUUGAAAGAUGAUGACAGAUUCCUGUCAAUGGAGUUGCGAUGCCACCGAUGUAGAAGUGCACAUCCAAAUAUACCUCGCCUCAAAACACAUAUAAGCAAGUGUCGAGCCCCUUUUCCUGCUGUUCUACUCCAACCUGGUCAUUUAGUGUGUGCACGAACUAGUGAUGGACUUGUUCAGUAG